AUGGCCUUGGUCACUGUGUUGUCACUAGCUCCCGUCGCGCUGGGACAGAGUAGUUGCAUUUCGCUCGCCGGUUCCUCAGGAUGCAAGGCGUUUUCUGGGGCCUCUGUCGGCAAGACCGAGUUCCUGCUCAACCACUAUCCAUUCCUGCAAUACGUCUCGGAUACAGCCUCUUUCGAUCAACAACUGGACCUAUAUGUCCGGGACACAUAUGUACAGCGACAGUUCCAAGGUCGGUUUGGGUGUGACAAUGUUAAUCUCGCCAAUACAUCCGAUUACUAUGCAAGAUUUACAAAGUCUGUCAUCUGCAACGGCAUUGUACAAAACUCAAUCCAGGCUUGCGGACUGAGCACACAACAAUCCGCACCUCUCUGUGCGGCUUCGUGUGCCGAGUAUGCUCAGAGCGAGGCCAUGAUUGUUGCUGACAACAAUCUUUGCGCGAAUCCUGUUGGAAACAUCCAGGAACUUGUCAGGGCUGACUUCGCCGACUGUGCCGUGCCUGCUCGAUCUCUCUCAAGUGGUGGCUGCAUCACCGCGAUAUCAAACGAGCCCGACAACUGUGGAUACGGAUCUAGCACACUGGGCAUUUGUUCUUACUGUGCUUCUGGCGGCAUCAACUCGACAGAUACCUGCUGCUACAGCUCCAACACCGAGAGCCUGUGUGCAAACGUGGUUCUUCCCACUAUUGUCCCGACCUUGACCUUCAGCACCCCUUUGCCGACCUCAACCUCUGAGCCAACCUCGACGAACUCGGCAGGCGCCUCUGACGGCAGUAACCGCAAUAUGGGUCUGUCUGGUGGCGCCAUUGCAGGCAUCGUCAUUGGCUGUAUAGCGGGCAUUGUUCUUAUCGCCCUCGCCGUCCUCUUGUGCAUGCGGUCUCGUCGCAACAGACAGGGAAGCCAGAAAGGCAGUGUCUUCAACCAACCCUCGCCCUCCAGGAAAGGCCCGCAGACCACCAAAAUUCCCGCUUCUAACACGCCUCCUCAGGGUUAUGAGGUUCUUCCGGGUGGUCGCAUCGCUCGCAUGUCAGCGUUGGAGGGUCAUUCUGGUGAUUCUCCGUCGAGACACAGUGGUUCACGACAUGGAACUUCAACUGGCGCUGCAGCUGCCGGUGGCGCUACCGGAUACAUGCUGGGACGAAGACGCGGCAACUCGUCAUCGGACUUUUCUGGCGAAAGCCCGGGCCCCGAGACAAGGUCUGCUGUCCUCCGACCUCCUCCCACGAGCAGACGACAAGGCUCGCUUUCCAGCAAUUCGAUUCUUGCCGGCGACGAUCCAUCCUCACCCACUAGCGCUGGGGGUUUGUCAUCAGCCGCAGGCAUGACUAGCCAGCAGUCCGAACAGCUACCCUUUUUCAAGGACUACUACUCUCAAGACGACAUACAUCCUGGCGAACGUGUCGCGGUUCUCUGGGCUUAUCAACCACGUGCUCAAGAUGAGUUCUCGCUCGAGCGUGGUGACAUGAUCAAAGUCGUUGGAAUCUGGGACGACGGCUGGGCCACGGGCAUCAUGACGGAUGAGCGCGCCGACGAAUGGGAGAUCAGGCGACAAGCGCAACGCGACAGCGGUGUUUCAAACGCCUCGGGCAGGGGACGGGACAACUCUCCGCCAGUCAGUGGCGAGAUCAAGGCUUUCCCCCUUGUCUGCGUCUGUCUUCCUGACCACUGGAGGAAGACGAUCGAGGGCGAUGGCUCAACAGAGACCGGCAGUGGCCACUAA